AAAUUUGUUUCUCAGGUAAGAAUAUUUUCUAUCCUCCUCAGAGUUCACAGUUCAAUGAGUGACCGUCGCGAUUAGCCAAUCACAACCGAUGAUUCACUCCAUAACAUUAACGUGCCAAGCAAACAGAGAAUCGGGAAGGCCGUCUAGCGCCGGUUAAUCCACACAUAGACGAUCAAUCAGCUGACUGGAUAUAUAAGCAAGUAUGUGCGGCAUAUGGGCGGUGUUUGGCUACCAUGACUACCACCAGUUCAUGCCUUCCAUCAUGGCUAUACGAGGCCGCGGUCCUGAUGCAUUCCGCACUGAACCCAUUCCAGGGUUCCACAAUUCCCGUCUCGCUUUUCACCGAUUGGCAAUUGUCGGUGACGUCACGGGGAUGCAGCCAAUGAGGAUCAAGCAAUUGCCGCACCUUGUGCUGAUCUACAAUGGGGAAAUAUAUAACCACAAACAGCUGGUAACUACGUUUGGGUUCGACAUGGCGACGACGUGUGACGCGGAAGUGAUUCUUCAUCUGUAUAACAAGUUCGGUGAUGUCCGACGUGUGGCCAAGUUAUUGGACGGCGUAUUCGCAUUUUCUAUCGUCGACUCGGACUCGAAGCAAGUCCAUUUAGGUAGGGAUACGUUCGGUGUGCGUCCCAUGUUCACGUUGAAGGAGAUGUUCACUGAGCGCACAACCCUCGCACUUAGCUCCGAGGCCAAGUCUUUGGUUCUUUUAGAGGAAACCUUCACCGGAACCGGAAAUGGUCACAAGCUGGCACUUGACCCUUUUCCGCCGGGACAUUAUGCGACCUUUGCUCUUAGCACCGAAGGAAAAUUGUCCCUUCAGGAAGAAGGUGCUUAUACUUACGUCGGGAAGAUCCCGACGUUUGACAUCAAUUUUACCCCAGCUGACGACCAAAUGGAGAACAUCAGGCGGUAUCUCUCCGAGGCUGUCAAGAAAAGGCUAAUGGCGGAUAGACGCAUAGGCUGUUUUCUCUCCGGGGGCCUGGACUCUAGCCUGGUAGCCGCUAUACUUACGAAGCACGCAAAGGAAGCUGGGAUUGACUACCCCAUUCAAACCUUUUCCAUCGGCUUGGAAGGUAGCACGGACUUGGUGGCCGCGCGAAAGGUGGCGAAACACAUCGGCUCGGAGCACCACGAAGUUAUAUUCACCCCUGAGGAGGGCAUCCAAGCGCUACGAGAUGUGAUAUACACCUUGGAAAUCUACGACUUUGACCAGAUCUGCCCGUCAGUAGCGCUGUAUCUCCUUUCAAAGUACGUGCACGAGAACACGGAAACUGUGGUGUUGUACUGUGGAGAGGGUGCGGACGAGCUCUGCCAGGGCUACGUCUACUUCCACAAGGCCCCUAGCGCAGAAAUGGCUGACCAAGAGUCAAGGCGACUACUGAAAGAUCUAUACCUCUUCGACCUGGUCCGGGUUGACCGGGCAACCGCGGCGUUCGGAUUGGAGGCCCGCGUCCCGUUCCUGGAUGUACCAUUCACGUCAUUCUUCCUAUCUCUGCCUGCGGUUGAGAGGCAGCCUCGAGGCGGGGUCGAGAAGUGGUUGCUCAGAGCUGCGUAUGACGGUACGGGGAUUCUUCCUGAUGAGAUUUUAUGGCGCACUAAGACGCCCUUCUCUACGGGAGUGUCAGGUAGCCAGCCUGGUAAAUCGUGGCUUGAAUACAUCGAGGUGUACGCAGAGCACCGUGUUAGUGAUGGCGAGUUUGCGAGGGCCAGUGAGUUUUACGAGUAUAAUACGCCGACGUCAAAAGUCGCGUUCUUCUGUCGAAAGGUAUUCGAGGAGUUUUUUCCUGGACACCAAACAUUGACUCCGUUCAUGUGGUUGACACAAAUACGGUCACUGUUGCAAUUGGCAACAAAAUGAUGACGACGACGGCGGCGACGGCGAUGAUGAGCGACCUUUUACAACCAUUUUCAUAUUCAUAUUUUUAUUUUUUGUCUUUUUUAGAAAUGCCUUGACUAUUAAAUUUUUAAUUUUUCAAUGCCAAUUCGUUAUCUAUUGUGGAGGAAGACGCUUUUCUCAGGCUACAAAAGAUAAGCCGAACAGGAAGCCUUCGCCCGAUAAAUAAAAUAUCAUUAAUAAAGUAUCCGACUUCAAUCGUGGAUGGUUAUUUUGAAAUUAUCUAGCAAAUGAACCGGUUUUUUUUUUCAAUUAAAACAAUAACAAACGAGAAGUUGAUCGACAUUUUUUAAAGUGUAAAUGCAGUGUGGUGAGGGGCGAAAGCGUUCCGAGGAUACGAUAGAAGCAAUCAUAAGCCUACUAACGGAUUGGCAAUCGCUCGUUUACUUCAACUAAGUACUGGCAGUACUGGACUCUACCAAAUGUUUUUCGACCAAACUCUUCCACUUAAAAAUUAAAGGGGAACAGGGUAUAACGCUA